AUAAAAAGAAUCAAAUUAAAAAAAACUAAAAAAGAAGAAAAAGAAUGUAUGCAAUUUCAAAAUAAGGGACAGGUGAAAUUGGUAAUAUUUGUAUCAACAAAAUUUAUUGGAAAAUCCAUUUUGCAUUCAGAGUGCAAAGUUGUUUGCUUGCUGUGGAUAUCAGACCAUGAAUCAGCAAAAUACUAAUGAAACUUAUACAAAGAAAAAGAAAAAAAGGUUCUCAAAACAAUUUAAUCAAUUUGCUCAGAAUACAACAGCACACGGCUUUUUGCAUGUUGUAAUGUCAGAAAAUCGUUCCAUCAAGGUAUUUUGGAUAUGUGUAAUUACAGCCUGUUUUGCAGUAGCAGCUUACCAAGGUCAUCAGUUAAUUACACAAUAUCGCGAGAAACCACUGGCAACAAAAAUUUGGGUGGAAAAAGAAGCUGUGCAAACAUUUCCACUUGUUGCGAUAUGUAAUCAAAACCCCAUUCUUAAAGACAAAUUCUCUGACUUACUCAAUACCACUGCAUUUAGGCAGCAACGGUCAACGAUAAAAGAAUUGCUCAAUAAAGCACUUUCCUCUCACAAAUUGAAAUAUUAUUUGUUUGCUCAUUUAUUCCAAGGUAUGAGCAUGAUCGCAGCACAAAAUGGGUCUGCUGUUUUUCGAUAUGGAAACACUUUUAACGACACAAUAUUGUCUUGUACAUAUUCACAAGUUUACAACUGCGAAAACUUGAAACAAUGGAGACAGUUUUGGCAUUAUAAAUAUGGAAACUGUUUUGCUUUUAACACUGGAUUUGAUCAAGAUGGAAAUGAAAUAGAACCAAUAAAGACAAAACCGGGUUUCGAUAACGGAUUGUAUUUAACCAUCUCCAUCAACAGAAAACAGUACAUCCCAGGAAUUGCAGAUGCAAUAGGUGCUUUACUGUUUAUUGGAAGUCAAGAACAUAGUGUGGAUAUGUACCAUGGCAGUAUUUUUUUUCAACCUGGCAUGGAACAUUAUGUAGCGUUCCAAAAAAAGAAAAGGAUAAGAAUAGAUCCUUUUAACAACAACAGUUGCAUAAAAAAUUACACUGAAUAUUUCAGUAGUCUUAGUGCUCAGAUUAAAAUAACAAAAUAUUCCACAAAAAUUUGCAGAGAUUAUUGUUACGACAACAAUUUUAUCAAUGCCUGUAACUGUACGUCUGAUGAUUUAAGAAAACAAAAUUAUCGCUUAUGCGACAAUACAGAUUUUUCCUGUUUGCUUAAUGUAGCUAUUGGGUUAAAGAGUGUUGACAACCAAUGCUUAGCGCAAUGUAAAUUUCCUUGUGAAGAAACAUACUAUACUGUUUUAACAUCAUCAGGAUUAUUCUUUCACAAUAAAGAUGAUGAUGAAGCAGAUGAAAGGCUAAAUAUUUACAUCUACUCAAAAUCCACUGAAGUGGAAGUUACUGAAGACAAAUUGCUUUACCACUGGGAAAAUCUAUUAGCAGAUUUUGGAGGACAUCUUGGCUUAUGGGGUGGUUUUUCUGUUUUAACCAUUAUGGAGAUAAUAGCUUUUGCAAUAGCUGUUCUGUGGAAUUGUACAAAGGUCGUUUUUAAAAAAAUUAAUUGACAUUAAAGCAACAGAUGAAAAAUGCUGUAAUUUUGCUCUCGAGUUAGGGUGAAAAGAUCAGCAAGAGACAUUUAGAUGCGUUUCAAUACAUAUUACUGUCUACACACAAAUGUUGAGUAAUGGAUUAUUAUUAAGGGUAUUAUAUAACAGUAAUGGCAACAUCUUUAUAAAAUAAUAAGAAUUUUAAGGAAUAUUGGAUAACAAUAAUAAAUGUAUAUAAAUCGAAGUUACAGUAUAUUUAUUAAUAAAUAAUAUUUUCAGGUAUAUACAAAAAUUUAAAUUAUCAUUAAAAUACCAUAAUUAUUGACGUAAAUAUAAGUUGCAUCACAAGGACAUAAGCCUUUGUAUAUAACACUGCUUGGUUGAGUAACACAAUCUUCAAUGUGGAAUAACAAUCGUAGCUUGGUGGGUUUUCCAAAAAUAUACAACUUCAACUUUAAAGUUGGAAAAAAACUGAAGAUUUGUUACCACAUUUCCAACUGCUCUCAUGUAAUUCAUCCCGUAACAAACAAAAGGAUAUAAAGGUUGAAUUUAAUUCGGUAUGGUAUGACACGAAACUCUGUUCCUUUCCUUUUUUUAUGUCCAUAAUAAAGAGAAUUUUAAUUAUGUAUAUAAAGUGGAUAAUUUUAACUUUUGUAUAUAUCUGAAGAUGGUUCUAUGUAAAGAAAAGCUUUGUAAAGAAUAAAAUGAAACAAAAGAAGCAGGAAUGCAAAUCGUUAGAAGUGCAAAGGCAAACAAAUAAAUAGCCACAGAAUGCAGUUUGAAAUGGACUGAUGAGAAUAUGAAAAGUAGUUAACAUAUGCACAUAUUUUCUUGUUAAUUUGCUAAAACAUUUCAGGAUAUUCAAGAUUUAAUAUUUUGAUAAUGUCAGCAACCUUCAUAAAUUAUUUCUCUUAAUGCUUCUAUUGAAUAGAGUUUAGAACGCUAAUCAAAAUAAUAUAAUAGGGUCAUCACAGACAUGCUACUGUUUUUGCGUUCUGUUUUCAUGAAAGAAGAUUGGCUUUGUUAUUUUAAAUUUUUUGUGUUUACUCGACAAUGGUUUUCGAUUAGCGGAUUUAAAGGUUGGGCAUAUUCUAAACUAAACUAGCACAAAAAAAGAACUUUACCUCAU